AUGACGAUUCCUGACAUGGGUCAUCUUAUAUCGUCUUUCUACCAAGUCGUUUUGGUCCACUUGUCUAUUCAACAAUGUUUGACAUUCCUCCCUCUUAGGUCAACACCGACAUCUGUUGCCUCUCGCAAGGAGAUAUGUAUUGGCUUUGUCAACAACAACCAUUUUGUUCAACUCAUUUUGGAGCCUGGUCAUCCUAUUCCACCCAUAGCAACUAACUGGCGGAGUGCUGAACAAGGAGGAUUUGUUCGGUUAGUCAGUGAUGAACAGAAAAUUCAUGUUUAUUUCCAUCUUUGUUUAUUCAGUGAUGACCAUAAAGCAAUAAACUUACCAAUAUUUGAAAGAAACAAACUAUCAGACCAUCAAACCAAUUCAAACCAACCAUCAAACCAAUUCAAACCAUCUAAACCAUCAAAUGCUCGGCAUUACAGUGAUAAACGAAGACUACUUGUUCGCUAUUACAGUGAUGAAUAA